AUGGCGACUUCUUGGUUGGAUCAUGAUCAGUACUUUGGCGCUUCUUGGUUGGUGUGUGAUUCGCAAGGUCUACCUAUAUUUCAUAGUAGGAGAGCCUUUGCACCUAUAAGAUCAUCACUGGAAGCUAGUUUGACUUCUCUCAUGUGGGUUGUUGAAGCUUUGCAGGACUUGCGUGUUGGGAAAGUUGUGGUGGAACUCUCCUCUGCAAUGGUAUGGAAAGCUAUCUCCUCACCCCAUAAUAUUCCUCACUUAGCGUUCGAGAUAUCAAUAAUUAUUCGAUCCUCGUACCAGUUUGAUCAGUGUCACAUUGAGAUGGUUUAUGAGGAUACUAAUAAUAUCGCAGUUGAGAUCGCUACAAGCGUUACAAAGGAUCGUCGCUAUAAGUCUUAUAUAGCUAAUGGUGGUUCUAGAUGA